UCACACCAUUGCAUUCCAGUCUGGGAGACAGAGCAAGACUCUGUGUCAAAAAAAAAAAAAAAAAAAAGAAGAAGACGAAGAAAAAUCAGCCAUAAUUUCAUCAGAGAGGAAACCAUUGAUAAUAUGAGAUUUUCUGUUCCAGUCUUUUUUCUAUGCCUAAGUUUUCCUUUUUAUAGAGUUAGGAUUAACCUAUUUUGUGACCUGAUAUUUACACUUCAUAUUAUAAAACAAGUAUUCUCCCACGUUAUUAAAAAUCGCUAAUGAUGCUGAUGUUGUUGAAAGUGAUUUUUGGAACCCCUUCUUAGAAUUGCUUUCAAAGCCAAUUUAUGAGGUGCAUUUAUUUUUGUUAUUUUUUGGACAUAACUUGCUUUUGACCCUGUUCAGUGUUACUCAACUUCAUCAUCCACUUUUGCCAAAGUUGGCUCUGGAUAUAGUUCUAAGUUUUUAAACAUUAAACCCACUCUCAGAGGCCAUAGAUUGGUCACCUUUGAAAAAAGUCAAAAGGUUGUACCACAGGCUCUUAAGGCAAUUCUCAAAGGAUUCCACGAGUGCCUUCUUGGAAGAAAUUCGUGGUCUGUGAAUACUACGUGAAAGUACAGAGCUUAUUUCAAUAUAUGUGAUGGUAAUAAUAGUUCUAACAAACACAGGGUGCUCUCAUCAUGUGCCAGGCACCGUGCUGGGGGAUUACGCAUAUUAACUCAUUUAGCCAUCAUAAACAACCAAUGAAAUGGGUACCAGAAUUAUCCCCUUUACAGGCAAGGAAACAGAGGCACAGAGAGUUCAAGUGCCUUACCCAAGUUCACACAGCUAGAAAGUAAGUGGAGCCAGGAUUUAAAUCCAGGAGGCAUGAUUCCAGUCUGUGCAGUAACCAUGGCCCUCACUCCUCUCGCCAGAUGUUGGAUGCUUUAAAAAAGAUUAGUCUGAUAACUUUAGAGUUGCACAUAAUUAGGGGGAGCCCCUGAGGAGCUUCCCAGGGUUUUCUGACAGAGGCCAGCUCCUCUGAUGCCCCCAGGGAUUCGGUCUGGCUUCCUCUCCUCCUGCAGCGGCCACCACCUAUACUGUCUCUUAUGUUUUCUUUUUUCUGAGACUGGCUCCCUUCUUCCUUGCUUUCUCUGAAAACAACUGCAGAGGUUUUUGGGAGGGGGAGACAGAGUCUUGUUCUGUCGCCUAGGCUGGAGAACAGUGGUAAUCAGCUCACUGGAGCCUCGAACUUCUGAGCUCAAGCAAUCCUCUUGCCUUAGCCCCCCGAGGAGCAGAUGCAUGCCACUAUACUGGCUAUUUUUAAGAUUUUUUUAUAGAGACAAGGUCUCACUUUGUUGUUCAGGCUGGUCUUGAACUCCCGGGCUCAAGCACUCAUCCUGGCUCAGCUUCUAAAGUGCUGGGAUUACAGGUGUGAGCUGCCGCAUUUGGACUUGCAGAGGCCUUUUUCAGUGUUCUACUGUGAUUCACUGUAGCAAGUAGGUGGAAGUGAGGAUUCGCGGGGAAUAUAAGGCAUAACCAAGCUGCAAAGAUUCAGAGAAGUUUCACACAGUAUUUAGUCAAUAGAGACAUGUUAGCAAACCAAACCUAUUUAUUUCAAAUAAACUCUUGAGGCCAGCUAUGUAUUUUUUUUUCCUUCUUGUGAUUCCAUAGCACUUUCUCCAGUUCUUUCAUUGGGGAUCAUUCCACUCAGUCUUUUCUGGGUUGGAUUCUAGGUCCUGCUACCCUGAUUAGGCUCAAGGUAGAUAGGGGUGCUGCCCAGCCUGGUGAGACUCUUGAUCCUUACUUUCUUUGGUAUAAGGCCCCACGUGAGGGACUUCUUGUUCUAAGAGCCCAGCACCUUCUCCCCUGAGUGUCCAGCUGCCCUGCAUGGGCUGGCCUGGCAGGCAGCGCUUCUCAGCCCUCAGCCCCUGGAGCAGUGUCUGCACAUGGCACCCUUUCACCUCCCCACAGUGAAGCCCAGUCUCCCCAUCCUUUGUUCUGAGCUCAUGUCCAGGCUGAUCAGGCUUCGCUCAGAUUUCAGUUGAGAGCAGCACUUUUCCUUUGCUUCUUCUCUUAUUUUGGCCUGAGUAGGACACAGAGUUCAGAGCUUCCCUGAGGGCACUGGUGAUUGGCAUGCCUGAGCUGACAGGCCGUUCAUUGCAUAAAACCCCUUCUAUAUGCUUCCUCUGACUCCGCAGGCUGCUCCCUCCCUUUCACCUACAAAUGCCGAGUGGUGUUGCAGAAUUGUGGUUUCACAAUAUCAAACCGUUCUAAACAUGCAGAAGCAUUGAGAGGUGCGAUCUCCUCCAGUGGCACAGAGGCCCGUCGCUCUAAAUCUCCUAAGUGCACUAGAGAAAGAGAGACCAAUGUGAACUGGAACCAGUGUAAACUGGAACAGUCAGGGGAGAUUUUAUGGCACGUGUAGAGCUUGCAUUUGGACCUGAAGUGUAGAAGGGAGUUUUGGAUGGGCGUGAGAGAGAAUGAGAAUUUGAGAACUGGGGGUAGAUGGGUGGUUAGGAGUGUUUACGGUUAGAGAGAAUAAGGUUGGUGAAGAAGAGUGAGCCCAGAUGAUGAGGGUAUUGUGCAUCUACUCAUAUCAAAUUUUGAUGCCUGCCAGAAUCACCUGGGGAGCUUUAAAAACUCUUGGCACCUAAAUUACACCCUAGAAUGUCUAGCGGGUGGGAGCCAUGUAUCAGUGGUUUUUAAAAAUCCCAUGUGAUCUUUAAAAGUUUGGGAAUAAUUUUCCUCCUUUGUUUCCUACAAGUAUCUGAAGCUUUGCAGAAAGAGUUAGAAAGCAAUAGGACAGAAAGAAAAUGAAUGAGGAAGUAAGGAGGAACAGGUAAUGAUGAAAUAAAGAUCAAACGAAGCCAGGGAAUAAAGUCAGCUCAUAACAUGCUUACUAUGAGAUGCCGUGCAGUUGCUACCAUGGGCCAGAAUUUUGACUCUGAGCUUCUUUGAAGCUAAAGCAAAAGGAAACCUGAGCAGUUCUGAAAGCCAUGAUGGAGCCAAACGCUAUUUCAUGAAAAGCCCCAGGACUGUGAGCAGAAAGAAAUCUCUCCCGGGGCUCUUUGCAAAGAGGGCACCGUGUGGAGCUGUGGGCAGGGCUUCCAACAGGGUCCUCGCAAUCCCACAGGCCAUUUGCUAAGUCACCCCUUGUGUUGGCUCUGGAGGUCAUUCAAGGCUAGAAUUAACUGCUCACAUCUCAUGUAGCAAGAAAAGUUGACUGUACUUCUUAAAUCCUUGAUUUUUAUCUGUAGCUGAUUUAAAAAUCCUCCCAUCUCCCUGGGCUGCUGACUCAUGUUAAACUAAUUGACCAGACUUGUCUGCUUGUAGAUACAGUGUCUGCAUUUUGUCUUUCCUGUGGUCAUUUCUAUUGUCCUGGCAAUCAACUUGUCAUUCCCUUCAUUAGGCCAGGAGCUCGGAGGGACACUGCGUUGAUUAAGGCACAAACCAGCUUUAGCUCGUCACCAUUGUGUGCUUACAGCAAGUUCACCUGCUUUGGCCUCCACCCUGAGGCUGGAGUCACCACUCCUUCUAGAGCCUAGGCUUAGCCACCGGGCCCACCUGCCAGCGGAGGCACUGCCCUGGGUCUGGUCUGUUGACAUGGAGACCUGAGAGGCACUAUUUCCUGCCGAUGGGCAGAAGAGGCAGCUCUGUCCCCUCUUCCCUCAUCCCCCGUUCCCAGGUAGUUGGGAAAUACUGAUCCAGCCAGUCCCCUCUUCCCUCAUCCCCCGUUCCCAGGUAGUUGGGAAAUACUGAUCCAGCCAGUUCUGUCUUCACCUUGGAACCAGUGUCGAGGGAGUGUGCCCCAGCAGAGUCCGUUCUAAUUGGCAAGUGGCCUCAAGUGGGCCGUGGGUCGGGUCAGGAUGGGGACCAACUUGGCAGACAGCCAUCAGGGCGGCCUCAGGGAGGUGUGUGGCCUGCCCAGGCAGGGCGUUCUCCACACACCUGGUUGGCCCUGGCGUGCGUGGCAGCAGAGCGUGCUGGCUGCUGGGGAGGGGGCGCUGCAGCAGGGUGUGGGUGUGAGCAUGGGGGAGCUCCUGGGUCAUGCACUUCCCUACGCUCUGCUCUGUCUAUUGACACAUGAGUCUCAGGCUGUAGGUAAUUUGGGGACGGGGCUGGGAUGUGAUGUGUGCAUGUUUCUAGGAGCUUGCUUGUGUGAUUGCCGGUCUCUGUGUGUGUUUGGGGCACACAUACAUGGAAUAGUCCCUCAGCAACGGGACUGCCCAGGGAGAAGCCGUGUGCAUGCAUGGUGGGCAGGGGUGUCCACCCAUGUGGGGAGUAGUGACCCAGCUGCCCGUAAGGGCCCUGGGCUUAGGGGUGCGUGUGUGGGGUCUCUACCUCUACCUGCUGUCCCUGGGGCUGCGGGCUUUCCUGCUUUGCUUCCUUGUGCUUCUCCGAGAGCUGUGUGUGUGUGUGCAGGAAGCAGGCAGGGCUGUGCUCACGGUGGCUCGCUCUGUGGCCCUCACGGCCCACGUGUGUAGUGUCUACAUCUUCCUUCAGGGGGCUGCCUGGUCUGCCCAGCUGGUGGGGAGCUGGGUGACGCUGCACAUAUGGCUCUGCUGUGCCUUACUGGAGACCCUCAGACGCGUUCCUUUACUCCCACUGUGUGAGCAGGCGGCCAGGUGGCUGGUGUGGGCCGGCGUGCAGGCUGGCAGAGGCCUGGCUCGGGUAUGGGGUGUGGCGAUCUUUGUGCAGCUGUGUGCCCACACAGUCUUCCUGAGCAUAUACCUGUGCAUGCACAUGUGCUUUGCCGCCAUCAGCUCUCAGGUCCGUGUGAGAGUGCACGCGCCGUUCUGUGUCUCACUGCCUUUGAAGGUCCAUGCCCCUCUGAACCUGGGCAUCAAAGUGGGGCUGCAGGGCCGGAAGCAUGGCAGAGCCAUGGGGGAGGCAGGUACGCCUCAGGGGGAGAUACUGGGGAAGCAGGAACCCCAGACGUCCAGGAGCCCCAAGCCCACCAGGAGAAGGGAGGUGUCACGGAGUGAGCUCAGCCCAGGUGGGUAAGGGAAGGGGCUGUUCUGUGCCCCUUGGACUUGUCCCCAGCUUCAGGUGCUAGUGCCCUCUUCCUGCAGCCAGGCCAGGCUUGGAGCUGCGUCUCCUCCUGCACAGCCAAGCUCAUGUAGUGGCCCCGCCCCUCCCUCACUGGGCGCUGGCACCUCUUUCCUAGGCUGAGUGGUCUCUGGGGAAGGCACAGGUGGAAUGACAGGGGCAGAUUCCAGUCCUUGCCCUCUGUCCUGUGAGAAUAGGGCCGUUCAUGACAGUGUUGGGUUGAGAGUCUUUUUCCUCUGCUGCCCUUGCCUGUCUGUACACCUGCCACCCUCUGUGUUUGUCUCUUUACCUUGCAGCAGCUCCCUUCCUCCCCUCUCGUCUCCUGCCCUUCCUGGCAGGCUGUUUCUCUUCUGGCUUCUCCAGGUGUUCCUCUCUUCUCGGCCACUGUGGGUUCUGCCCUGGGACUCCUUCAGCCUGGGCUGCCUCUUUUCCUACCCAGCCCCCUGUCUGAGUGCCCCCAGGUGUGCCUGGUCACAUUCUGCUCACCCCCCGCACUCUCU